UGUGGUGUUGACGUCAUCUUUUACAAAAUGGUUGCAAAAGGUGGUCACUCAGUCAUUUUGUAAUCAUUCGGGAGCGUGAUGAGCAGCCCGUUGAUGAGAUAUUUAAGAUGCGGGCGGACUCUGGUCUUGCAAUCGCGCUUCUUCUACCAAUUGGCAAUUCCUGCAGGACGGAGACUGCCGCUUUCACCGUAUGUCUAUUCUCACCGACGAAUAUUGAAGAGUGCAUCGAAAGCGUUUACGAAUUAUUCAACUUCAGGGGGUAGUGGAAAAGAGACAUGCAAGAUGGAGUGCGCAUGCGCAGAUGCUCAGAGAGAUAGAGUGCAGUUGGGAGCCGUGGAAGCUCGAAUGCGUAUCGUCUUUACAUGCAAAGUGUGCAAGACUCGAUCAAGCCAUACUAUGUCAAAGGUUGCGUAUGCUGAAGGCGUCGUUGUAAUUAGAUGUCCCGGAUGUGAGAACAUGCAUCUGAUUGCUGAUAAUCUCGGGUGGUUUAACGAAGAUAAACGAAACAUUGAAGACAUACUUGCUGCUAGGGGAGAGAUCGUACACAGGACAGUAGAUGGCAAUUUCGAGGUCACAUCGAACUAUUCAACUGACAAGUGAUCCCGCUUGAGGAUUUAUUAUUUGAAUUUUGCAUGUACUGUAGAUCAGCACUAUAGUCAAUUUGUUAGCAAAAUUGUUAUACCUGCGACUACAG